UAAGUUGUUGCCCAUAGAGGACGGAUGUACUUUUAAAUUCAAAUAAGCAAUUUUGAGAUCACAGUAAGCAUUGUAAUGCUAACCAAAUACAGUCUGAGAGAACGAUAGUUCCAAGAAAAUAAAUCAAGAGGGGCUCACAGAAAUCGCUAUGAAAUAUGAGCCAAAUUAGCCACGUUAGCCAAGCAAUUCAAUCGGAAGGAAGUGAUGAGGAUGAGCAACGUCACGUGGACUUACCAGUUUAUCCGAAGCCGCUGCCUGACCGCGAUUUAAGCUACAGACCUGAUGAGAAUGGCUUUACAAUGGUGGAAAAGGCGGCCUUGCGCAAUGCCUGGCGAUUGAUUGAGCCAUUUCAGCGCCGAUUUGGCAAGGAAAAUUUCUAUAGAUUCCUUACGCAGCACGAGAGCCUCAUCAACAUCUUUAGGCGAGAUGGAAAAAUCAACCUUAGUAAGCUACAUGGUCAUGCCAUGGCUAUGAUGAAGCUGAUGUCGAAGCUGGUUCAAACGCUGGAUACUAAUCUAGCCUUCCGCAUGGCCCUGGAUGAAAACCUUCCGAAGCAUUUGCAAAAUGGCAUCGAUUCCGACUACAUGAAGAUGCUGGCCACUGCACUCAAGAGAUAUAUUCUAGAGUCUUCUGUAAUCGAGAACCACAACUCCUGUACUCUAACUAGCGCCCUGACCCGUUUGGUGCAGAUCGUCGGGGAAUACGCCCAAGUGGAUGUGGCCAGAAAACGAGCCUUGUCGACUGCCCUCAGGACCACUAUCGACGAGAGUGGCAACAAAGUCAUAAAGAUAAUUACCUGAUUAGUAUUUCAUCAAAAAUAUUUUCAAUCCUCUUAGUAUGCUAUGUACCAUCUUGCG